CCACAAAAAAAGCUACCAAAGGCUUUGGAGUCUCGGCAUCCCAUCGCCAUCAUCGCAACCUCCCUCAACCAACUCAUCGCGAAUCCUCGCCGAGAGCCCGCCAGUCUCACGAAAUUCUCAAAAGGCCCUGUGAAAUUGAACGGCCGAUUGUUGAGUCCUCGUCUUGCAGGCGCUGCGACCGACGACACCGCGAGUCGAGGAACCUGAUCCUCAUCCCCAGCCACCAUGUCGUUCAGCUUUGGAACCCCGAGCUCGUCGAGCGCGCCUUCGAACAACGCAACAACCUCAGCGCCGUCUGCUGGAGGACUGUUUGGGAGUGCCACUGGCAGUACCGGCUUCUCCUUCGGCUCGACCGGUGCUAAUAACAACACAACACCCGCUGCCGCUGGAAGCACUGGCGGUUUGUUUGGUCAGCAGAACAGCGCUGCGGCUAAGCCUGCUGGUGGACUAUUCGGCGGCGGAUCCACGCCAGCCAUUUCCUCUGGGACCCCGACCUCAUCUGGGCCGGGUCUCUUUGGCGGAAACACCUCCACGACUCCAGCGACAGGAGGUCUCUUUGGAGGAGGCGCCACCUCCACCACGCCCGCGACAUCUGCUCCGGCCAGUGGAGGCAUGUUCGGUGGUGCGACCAGCAGCACCGCUCCAGCCAGUGGAGGGUUAUUCGGAGGCGCGGGCAACACAGGCAGCAAGCCGGCAUCGAACAUGUUUGGCGGUGGUGCCCCCAGCACUGGUGGUGGUCUGUUCGGCCAGGCCAAUGCCAACCAGACUCAAGGAGCGGCCACAACUUCGGCGGCACCUGCGGGGGGUCUCUUCGCCAGCACUGGCAACAGUUUGUUUGGAAACAAAGCUGCCAGCUCGGCCACCGCCCAAGGAGCUAUUCCUGCUACGGCUGCAACUCCUGCAAAGCCCAUGUUCUCUCUAGCAUCGACCACUCCUGCCGGAGCACCUCCCGCCGGCUCUGCGAAGCCUGCCGGAUCCAAUUUGUUCCAGAAUACCACCGCGCAAUCACCAGCGGUAUCCAACCUCUUCGGCGGCGGGGCUAAGCCUGCUGCUCCUGCUGCCUUGCCCAGCACAACAGCACCAACAUCGUCAGGUCUCUUUGGCGGUGCCCAGACGAGCACCGCUCCCGCUUCUGGAGGACUCUUUGGCAGUAAACCAGCUGCAACCACCGCUCCCGCCUCCGGAGGUCUGUUUGGUGGCGCAAAUACCGCUACUGCUACUACCCAGGCGACUCCAUCGACACAACCUGCUGCUGGUUCAAGUGCGGCGACUCUGUUUGGUGCUAAGAGUGCGUCGCUUACAACUUCGGCUCCCGGCUCUGCACCUGCUGGUGGUCUCUUUGGAGGAGCAGCCACUACUUCCGCUCCAGCUACAUCUACUCCGACAACUGCGACUGCUGGAGGCUUGUUUGGCGCAAAGCCUACAACAACUGCAGCAUCCACAGCCGCUCCGGCUGCCGCUACAACCGCUGGAGCUUUGUUCGGUGGCGGUGUCAAAGCCACAACCGAGACGAAGCCUCCGGGCGCCCUCUUCGGAACCGCAGCCACGACCCAAGCCCAGACUACUCCGACAACCGCGACGCCUACGACAUCUGCUGCCCCGGCCAGUGCCAGUCUGUUCGGCGCCAAGACGACCACGGAUGCUGCCAAGGACGCUGCGAAGCCCGCAACUCAGAACGGAACUACAAGCGCGCUGGGUGCUUCUACGACUGGACCAACUUCGCAGAUGGCACGACUCAAGAACAAGACUAUGGAGGAUAUUGUGACCCGCUGGGCUUCAGAUCUCUCCAAGUACCAGAAGGAAUUCAAGGAGCAGGCCACGACCGUAUCGACUUGGGACAGAAACCUGGUGGAAAACGGCGAGAAGAUCCAGAAGUUGUAUCUUGAUACCUUUGAGGCCGAACGAGCUAGCCACGAGAUCGAGCGCCAACUGGCAGCUGUCGAAAGCCAGCAGGAUGAGCUUGAGGCCUGGCUAGAUCGGUAUGAGUCUGAAGUCCAGGACAUGUUUGCCAAGCAACUUGGCCCUGGCGAGCAGCUAGCAGGCCCUGACCAGGAGCGUGAGAGAACAUACAAGCUCGCUGAGAAGUUGACGCAGCAGCUGGAUGAGAAGUCGCGCGACCUUUCCAAGAUGGUGAAGGAGAUCAAUGACAUUUCGGGCACAUUGAGCAAGGGUGUCAAGCCUGAAGACCCUCUGAGCCAGAUUGUUCGCGUCCUCAACGGCCAUCUUACGCAGUUGCAGUGGAUCGAUGCUAAUGCCUCGGCCCUGCAAGGCAAGGUGGCGGCAGCCCAGAAGGCGAGCAGCAACCUGGGGAACCACUACGCUGGUUCGGACAAUGAUGCGGCAGAGAGCUUCUACCGAUCGUACAUGGGACGGAGGUGAAGCGGGGAGAAGAGCGCUUUGUGUUAGUAUUGGAGUUUGGGAAGGAAUACAGGGAACCCCGCAAGAUGGAGAGAUAUAAGGCGUGGAGCCAAUGUAAUGGCCAACACGUUGCAGUGAGAGGGACCGAUUGGUUUUUGCACUCGGGGUGC